ACACWCACUCACUCACUCACAUACCAGUACUUUCAAGUGUGUGGUUAACCUCUGAGGGUUAACACCAUCUGAGCCAUUGAUGAUUAAUGACUGUAUCUAUCGGUCAUUUUCAUCAUUCAUUCAGCAAAAGAAAUGAAAGUAUAUAAACAACAGGUUAUUAUUAUUAUUAUUAUUAUUUGGUAGAAGAGAUUGAUCUUCAAUGUCGAUGAAAAUGUCACGACAACGGCAUUCACUACUACUUCUACUAUAAUAAACAGUAAUAGUAGUAUUCAAUGAACUCUAGGAAGUGAUUGAAAGAUCUGAGAGAACCGGUCUUUUCAUGUGGUGUUUAUACAGCCCUUAUCCUCUUAUUCUUCUUCAGACAACUUGUCCUAACCGUUAAGUUUGUUGUCACGAGUUUUCCUGUUUUUUCUUUCCUCACUCUUAUCGUUACUUUACUGUAAAAUACAAGAAGAAGAAGUAGAAGUACUUCAAAAAAACAACAUUCUUUGGUCGUCAUAGUUGUCGUCGUCGUCUUCUUCGUCUUGUUUUUAUUUAGCAUCCAAUUGAGUGGCAAAUUCUUCCUGAAAACCACAGAAACAUCUAUUUUAUUGUUUCGGAGACAAUAAUAAUAACAACUAAUAAACCACAACAACAUCAGAAAUUCAUUGCAAGAAAAAUGCAAAACAAUUAUUUGCUAUUUGUUUCGCUAGUAAUUGUGUUUAAUUUAUUAAAUUUUCAGCCAAUUAUUAUUAACUGUUGGCCAUUGAACGACCAGCCAUUGGAUGCCAUCGAAUUGACGGCUAAAUUGUUAAUAGAUUUGGACGAAAAAAUUGAUAAAUGUCUGGAAACAGAGAUAACUGCCGUAAAAACGGUCAACAAGUUUAGCCAACUUUAUAUACCGCCGAACGAGAAUGAAAUAGCCAAUCAACGGGAAGAAAAGUUUUCCGAAGUACUCAGAGAUUUGGCCAAAAUGGAGACCCAAAUACAGGAAGCCAUCAAACAGGCUCAGGCCAACCGUCGGUAUCAAUUGGUGGCCCGACUCAGACCGCUGCUCAACUAUGUCGGCCAUAUUAGAAGGAAUAUGGAUCUACUAAGAAAUCGUAUGGUAGCCGUUACCACCCUAUCGAGUCUGGCCUUUACGGUCAACGAAAUUGUUGACCAAUUUGCCGAUGUUAUGACCAGUAGUUUUGGAUUUCCCGGCGGUGUUGUAGCACUGGGAGACAGAGUUGCAGUUUCGGCUAUCAAAGAGAGAGUAUCGUCGACAACAUCAAUACCAUUGUCAUUAUCAUCAUCAUCGCCAUCACCAUUAAAAGUGGAUACAUCACUAAAAGCUGAUACCAAUGGGACAGUGGUUUCACAAUAGUUUCAAUUGAACAA